AUGCCCACCGUCGAACCACCGCGACAGCAGGCGCCCAUGGAGGCGGCGCUAACCUCCUCCGCGUCCGCGCCCGGCAGAACGUCAGCAGAGAUCAUCACGCAGCAACCGAAAAGCGAGCCGCGCCCGCAACCCGAGAAUGACCUUCACCUGCGCGGCGGCUCCAUGACCAUUGGAUGCAACUGCUGCGGCGGGUCGCUGUCAUGCCACAGGGUCUGCUGUCGCUGA